AUGAAGUUCACCCUCUCUGUCCUUCCGCUUGUUGCGGCCGUGUCUGCUUCUUGUCUUCACGGAACCUCUCUUUUGCCGCGUGCAGCCGAUGGCACUGUUGAUAUCAAUGCCUAUAACUACACCAACGCCGGUGGACCUCUCAACUGGUACGGCUUGGACACGGAGAAGAACUCUGCUUGCUCCCAGGGCAAGCGCCAGUCCCCCAUCGACAUCGUCACCGAUGAUAUCAACUAUGCCACUGCCGACUCUCUUCGCUUCAACGUCCCUAACGCUGAUAACGCCAAGUUUGAGAACUUGGGCUCCGGCCUCGAGGUCGUUCUGACCAACGGUACUCUUGUUACUAGCAAGGGAUCAUAUCAGCUUGCUCAGUUCCACUUCCAUACUCCUAGCGAGCACCGUGUCAACGAGGAGCACUUCCCUAUGGAAGUUCACUUUGUCUUCGAGAACUCCUCUGGCGAUAUUGCUGUUGUUGGUUUCCUCUUCCAGCUCUCCCAGUUCGGCUACUCUACCCCCCUGUUCGACUCCGUCUUUGCUCACAUCGAGGACAUCGCCACUCCCGGUACUUAUACCAAGACUGGAACCCUGAACUUCGCCGCUCUCGCAAGCCACCUGAAGUCUCACGGUAUCUACGAGUACUCCGGCUCCCUCACCACUCCUCCUUGCUCUGAGAACGUUGCUUGGUUCGUCAGCACCGAGCCUCUGCCUCUCAACGUUCAGAGCUACAACGCUGUCAAGAAGGUUCUCAAGUUCAACGCUCGUUACACCCAGAACGCCCUUGGCCAGGAUAACCUCCUCGAGGUCGCUGCCAAGUCCCUGAACUAA